UGAGAGGAAAGAGAGAGAGAGAGAGAGAGAGAGAGAGAGCUGCUGGAAAGCCAUAAUGGUCUCUGGCGCGUGCAGCGGUGCUGAUCUGCACACUUUAUGUCACCGAGCAGCUCUGCCUUCCUCCCUCUACACACAUACACACAUGUACUUGUCAUCAGCACUGCUCUAGCGCAGCCUAAGAGGAUCCGUCUUGUGGAUUACUGCUGGACCGUCUGUCUUCUGUGCCGACAGACUGCACACUUGAUCCAGAUUUUCUCUUUGGAAAAGCGUUUCAGCUCAUUGCUCUACGCUGGAUUACAUUACACUUCAGAUCUGCAUAAGGAAGAAGGGAGGACGAGAACGAUAAAAAGAGGUGGUGGCUCAUCACCAGUUGCCUUUUCUCUGCCUUAAGGCAACUGGCUUUUUCCUUCUACAUAAAGGAAUACACCCUGGACCUGGGUUUGUCAGGGCUUGAUGGAAUAUGGAUACAUCUCACACACCUUGUCCAUUCACUUGUAAACCAUGACUGGGGUUCAAUGACAAUCUUGCUAUAAACAUCAUCGUUCAUUCUCACUCAGUGCAUCAUAUCAUGCUUUUCAUACGACUCUCUGUUGCACGAACUCUGUUACAUGAACUGUGUAUUUGAUGCUGUACACACCCAAGGAGUCAGUUCUAAAUCUGUAGAGCCAUAAAGAGACAGGGAGUGAAAGAGAUAGAGAGGAAGAGUGUGUAAGAGGGAGUCAGUGGGGGAAGCAGUGGGGGACUGCUUCAGACGUGCUCUGACAGGUGUAGUCACUCAUCCAGUCUCUGGGAUGCACACUCCGCAGUUAGUGAGAAGGGGACAAGAUGUGAUUGCUGAUUGACAGGGAUCCGUGUUUAAGAGAGUCAGAGUGUGGAACAGGAACGGCAUCCCAUAGUCUUAGUUGAAAAUGAGACAAUUUUAAAUCACUUGAUUGCCACAUUUAGAGAUGCUUCAUGAAAUAUGCUUCUGAAACAUUAAUAUGUGUUCUUAUUUCAAGAGAAAUGUCUGGAAAUUUGCAUGGGAUAAGUAAAGCAAAGGAGCUAAACUCAACAGGUCAAGUGCUAUUCCAGUGAAAGGUUGCAGGACGUCAGUCACACACAAUGGCAAAAUGAAUCCAAGACUGCAGUUACUUCAGCUGGGAAUUCUGACAUCUACUUGGUAAACACAGCAUAUAUUACAGACAGUAUUCAUAUCUUUAACUAAACAGAUUAUGAAGUGCGAGUAAAUGCAGAAGGGAUUUAAUAUGGACGUGAACAAAAUAAAUAACCAACAUCAAAGUUUCUUGAAGCGUAUUGUUAAAUGAUAAGGGUUUGCCUCAAGGACUUCAUUUCAUUUCCCAGUAUUCAAUCAUUUACAUUGCUAUGUUGACAGAAAGAGACAAUCAAUCAUGAUAUAAUGGCAUUAGCACAUAUCUACUACACAACCACUGUGUUUUGGAGUGCCUAGAUUUAACCAAUACACCAAACCACAAACCAUCGCUUCCAUCCAUCCUUCCUGCCGAGUUCUUUUACAAGAGACUUGAAUUUCUCCCUCCUGGACUUUUCUGAAGGCAUUCUCUAAUCCUGCCUCGCAGUGGAAUUCUGACUGAAGCAGAGGAACAGGCUGAGAACAGAACUUCAUAGGCUUUUCAUGGAAAGCAGACUUUUAGCCUGUAGGGAGGGAUCUCCAGAACUCAACUAAAGCCCUUGGUCCUUUUCAUAGCAAAGAAUCAGAGGGAAAAAAAACAAAACUCGACUCAAACCAAGAUGGGUUGUAACAUGUGUGUAGUAAACCGGCCUGAGGAGCAGUACAGGAUUAUGUUCCAGAAGGGCAACAUGAUGCGUCCCAUUGAUGCUGAAAUAAAGCUUAAAGGUAGAAGAACAUCUCACCUAUCCCAAGAUAAGGAUGGCCAUUCCCAUGAUCCUCUGUUGCUUCAAGUGGUCCGGAAGGGACACAGGAGGAAAGCAGGAACUGCCACAGGAAGUGCCAGACUUAUGGCCAUCACAGACUGUGUGGACAACUCCACGCAAACAGACAUCAGCUUUCAGAACUUUCUGGGUGCUGGUCGAGGGAACUACACUGGCUGCAGCUCUCCGAAGCCUCCUCCAUCUCCUCCACUGCCCCCAAUGGUGGAGUCAUACCUGCUGAAUGACCUCACUCUGGAGCAUGACUCUGCUGAUCCCAAUGACUACCUUGAUGCUGCUAACCAUGAAGUAGAUCGACAAGAAGAGCUGGAAUAUGAGGAAGUGGAGCUUUAUAAGUCCAGUCAGCAGGACAAGCUUGGCUUGACCGUGUGCUACCGCACUGAUGAUGAGGAGGACCAGGGUAUCUACGUAGGGGAGGUCAAUCCCAACAGUAUAGCUGCUAAAGAUGGACGCAUUCGAAAGGGUGACAGAAUACUGCAGAUAAAUGGAGUUGACGUCCAGAAUAGAGAAGAAGCAGUGGCCAUCCUUACCCGAGAAGAUAGCACAAAUUUUUCACUGCUACUGGCCAGACCAGAGAUGGAGAUGGAGACUCAAAUGGACCCUGAGGACCUAGAUUUUGAGCUACCAGUAGGCAUGAGCGUGGACACUCUAAACAGCUCUCACUUAUCCAAUCUAUACCAUCAUCGGCAGCAAAGAGGCCAGAUGGGCAUUCAUGAGGUCCCACUAAACAGUGAAACACCCUUGCUAAGUCUGGCCACCCUCAACAACAGCCAGGAGCUGGACAGUGGAGUGGGCCGGACAGAUGAGAGCACCAAGAAUGAGGAAUCAUCCGAGCACGAUAUACUCCUUGGCGACGAGCAGACCAGUGCCUCCAAUACCAACACCACUAAUACACCACACAGCCUCCGGAAGUUCAGGCCUGGCAGGGGCAGUGGAGGUGGAGGGGAUACUCCAUCACCAUUACUCCAUAUCAGAGAACUCCACUUCAGCACAGACUCUCUGGAUUGUGGUGGUGCAGGGGGAGGAUACAUCCAUGACCCAGUGAGUGCGAUGAUGAUGCCCGGCUUGACUGAAGAAGAGUGCGAGAGGUACCGAGAGCUGCUAGAGAUCAAGUGUCGUUAUGAAAGAAAUAUGAAGGAUGGCAAUGCAGAGAAAAGUGCUGAGGAAGGAAGGACGAGGGAAGGAGAAGCGGAGGAUGAGGAGGAAGAAAAGAAAGAGGUGUCUUUGGAUGAAAAUUCUAAUGAGAGCCUGACUCCACAUGAGAUGGCACUCUUGGAGGAGGAGCUACGGCACCUUGAAUUCAAGUGUCGGAACAUUCUUCGGGCACAGAAGAUGCAGCAGCUACGAGAGCGCUGCCUGAAGGCAUGGCUGCUGGAGGAGGAGGCGUCAGCGAGGGGGUCUACUGACCUACAAGGGUCCCCACACCACGAGUUGUCAGAUAUCAAAGAACUCCCUGAGAGAGAGCGAUCAGAAAAGGACACCAGCAGUGCUUACAACACUGGAGGAGAAAGCUGCAGGAGCACACCUUUGGUGAGUGAUCACGUCUCUCCUGUCGCUCAGAUAGAGUCCGGUUCUCCUCUGCAGGUAAGGCACAGAGACCGACCCAGCUGGAGUGAGAGGGGUCGUGGCACUCUCAAUUAUUCACCUAGUAGCUACAAGAAGUUCCACAUGAACACCAAUAUCAACCAGAAGUUCCACUCUUUGUCUCGGGAAGGGACCACUCGUUCAUUAGCAGAUGGUGGUACACAAGGCAGGACCUCGAGAGCCAACAGCAUUCAUGAAAGAACUGGAGGCCAUAGUGCUGAAUCUAGUCCUUACUUUACCAGACGACAUCACUCUAACCGCCCUAAACCUGAGCGCUACCAGAGCUGCAUGCAGCUAGGCUCCUCAUUCACAGAGACCCCUAUGGAGAGAACUGUGGAAGGGGAGAGUGAGGCUCCAGUUGGCAGUAGUGGCCGGGCAAGCCCUAUGAGUUUAGCAACCAGCACUUUUAGCCCCAUGCUUCACACCAGCCCAGCAAAACAUUCCUUGGAUUUGCCUCUGCCGCUUCCACCUGCCUCACCACGCAUGGAGUGGAAGGUGAAGAUCCGUAGUGACGGCACACGCUAUGUAGUAAAACGACCUGUCCGUGAUCGCCUGCUGAAGGCCCGCGCCAUGAAGAUCUGUGAGGAGCGGAGCGGCAUGACCACUGAUGAUGAUGCUGUAAGUGAAAUGAAAAUGGGACGGUAUUGGAGCAAAGAGGAGCGCAAGCAACAGUUGCUGAGGGCCCGCGAGCAACGUCGACGACGUGAAUUUAUGAUGCAAUGUCGACUAGAUUAUCUCCAUAAUCGGGGCCAAGACCCAGGGAAGGAUGGACAACAGGAGUCAGGUCAGGCCCCUACCUCCAUUCUAGAGAUAAGCCAAAAGAAGAGUUCAAAGAAGCGCAACCGUCGCAUCUUGGACAACUGGAUCACCAUCCAAGAGCUGCUGGCUCAUGGUUCUCGCUCUCCAGAUGGGACAAGAGUCUACAACCCUCUUCUGUCUGUCACUACUGUCUAAGAGAAAAGCACAGAAAAAGCUUGAACGCACUCACACAAUUCUCUGUAGCACAUCACCAUGACAUAAAAGCAGCAGCAUAGUAACAAGCACAAUUUUUUACUCUGGCAGUAUUGAUCUCAACCAUGCUCAAAAACUUUGAUUGGGGGUCAAUAUUUUCCUAACAUGUAGAUGCUCUGGUUUUAACAUCUAGCAGGCUGGCUAAAUUAGACAUACUUAAUGACUUAAUCUCAAACAUAAAGGCUUAUGCUUUGCUUGCGUUAGUGAAUGGUAAAGACAGGCCAAGAGUUACAACCAUUACCUAUAAGCAAAUAAAAUAUGCUUAGCCAAUAGUCUGGAUCAUGUCUUAAGGAAAUGCUUUUAGGAAACUACCAAAACCCACUAAAUAUUCGACCUCAGCAACAGUUAAAACAUUUAUGAAAAUAUGCUUUAUUUAAGCAUGUUAAAGAUGAUACAACGUGACUUAUUUUGAGCUGUCUUGGUGCUACUUGCUAAGCUAAUUUAAGUAAGUUUUAAGCAUCAACUUAAAACAUGUAGUAGUGUAUAUACCACACAUAUAUAGCAUUGGAUAUGCUGGAAAACAGCUUAGCUAAUUUUAUUACCCAUGAGAACUUCAUUUAAAACGAGUGCUUGCAUCAACUAAAAAUCUGUUUGUUAGGUUCUUAUUUAUAUCUAAUGGUUUGAGAGAAUCUAGAUUCUAGGCACAUUAGUCAGCUCAAGAAAGUCUCAUCAGGUGCUCCUAAAAGCACUUUUUUCAAACGUUGCAAGCUUUUGAAUGGCUUCAUCCAAAAGUUAAUGAGUCUUUAUUGGUCACAUAUACAUUAGAGCACAGUGAAAUUCUUUUUUUCACAUACCCUAGCAUGUUAGGGUCAGAGAUGAUACAGCAUCACUGGAGCGGAGAGGGUUAAGAGCCCUGCUCAAGGGCCCAACAGUGGCAGCUGGUAGUGCUGGGGCUUGAACCCCUGACCUUCUGAUCAGUAACCCAGAGCCUUAACCACUAAACCACCACUGUCCCUAGUCUGGAUCGUGUCUUAAGGAAAUGCUUUUAGGAAAUAUUAGACCCCAGCACACAUUUUAUCACAGCACAAUGAAUACCCAGGCACAGAACCAGUACGUGUGUGUAGUCUACAUAUUAUAUACGCUCACUGCAUCAACUGCGAAGACAAUGUACAUUCUGGAACUAAACAAAUGUUUUGACAAAUUUAAAGCAAAUGCUGUUACAAUAGAAAACUGCAGUAAAGCACACAGCAAGACGGAUCUAAAUUCACUCCAUGUUUCAUGUCAUUAUCCAAACCAAUCCAAAAUGGGGCUCCUUAAUACUGUAACUGCAGAAUCCUGUAACGGUUAUUUAAUGGUUACUCAGUGCUGAUACAAUCAUAAUUAAAUCUCAUUUUAAGCACAGUUCUCCCCCUCAAAAAACAUAAUAGAAAAAAAGCAAUUAAAUGCCAGUUCUUGCCAGAGACUACAUUUUAGAAUCACUGAGGUUAGAGAGACAACAUGGUGCUAAAUGGGCAUGGUGCAUGCUGGAAAAAUACAGCCUAUAACCUAUAAACUAGGACAAGGUGAAUGUGCAUGAAAACACUAAGACCAGCCUAACAUGGACACAAUGGAGCGAUGCCUUUUUUUGCUCAUUGAAAGUAAGGUUACACAAUAUGGACACAAUAUCCUACUGUGCUUAUAUUGCUACAUAUUGUGACUGGUAUGCCUUGCAAUAUUUUAAAACACUGACGAACCCUUAAUGUGACAUGGUUAAAGCCUUGAAACACUGGUGUGAAUAAUUCAUUACCGAUGAUAUUGGUUGCUGUGAUUCUUCAUACUCGAGCAGAAUGGUAAUAUUAGUUAUGGUAAUAUUAAUCACAGCACACAAAUAAAAGAAAAUAGUCAUUAUCGGGAUCAUUUAAAUGAUAUCGGUGAUAUUUACUGUUAUAUCAACAUAGAAAAAGCAAAGAUAAUAUUGUCAAUGGGAUACACGGAAAGCGCUCAUUCAUGCAAUUAACCAAUCAGCCAGUUUUGUAGCAGCAGAGCAUAAAUGCAGAAAAAGAGUUUUAGUUAAUGUUCACAGCAAAUGUGAGAAUGAGGGGAAAAAUGUGAUGGCAGUGACUUUGACUGUGGCAUGGGUGUUGGUGCCAGAUGGCCUGGUCUGAGUAUUUCAGAAACAGCUGGUCUCUGGCAUUUUGGUGGCUGUGGCUCAGGUGGUAGUUUGAUUCCCGGCCCACAUGACUCCACCUCCACAUGAUGAAGUGUCCUUGGGCAAGACACUGAACCCCAAAUUGCUCAAUACAAAGGCAGCUCUGCUACCAUUGGUGUGUGAGUGUGUGUGUGAAUA